GUCUUCUUCAUUUGCCUAUAAAUGCAAGUACCCAAUUUCUGCACGCCACAAUAUAUCCAAAUGUUUCUCUCUUGUUCUUUCUGUCACUCUCUCUAAAUGUUUCUCCUCUUCAGUAGUCUAGAGAACAUAAGCUCUGCUCAGGGACAGCUUCACCACAACACAACUACAGGGAUGUGGACGGGAGCAGCUUCGAUGGCGAGUUUGUGGGUGGCUUCUGGUCCAACAAUUGCGAGCUUCAUGUUUGCUUGGGCUAUGAUUCAACAAUACUGCCCACGAGCAGUUGUUCGAUUCUUUCAAAAAUACUGGAGUAGACUCAUGAAUUACUUCCAUCCUUACAUCCAGAUAUCAAUCCAUGAGUUUGCUGGCGAACGCCUCAAGAGUAGUGAAGCAUUCACUGCUAUUGAAUCAUAUCUCAGCAAGAAUUCGUCCAACACUGCCAAAAGACUCAAAGCGGAGAUAGGUAAAGAUAGCACCAACUUGGUGUUCAGCAUGGAUGAUCAUGAGAAGGUGACUGACGAAUUUCAAGGAGUGAAAGUAUGGUGGGUUUUAAACAGAACAGGUUCAUCAACAAAUUCUGACAACUCGUAUAGUCCUGACAGGAGAUACUAUUCACUCACUUUCCAUAAGAAGCACAGAAGUUUAGUUACAGAACCAUACUUGAAGCAUGUCUUGAGCGAAGGGAAAGAAAUCCGAGUAAGAAACAGGCAAAGGAAGCUUUACACGAAUGGUUCAGGUGGAAGAUGGAGUUACCACCACACUAUGUGGAGCCACAUAGUAUUUGAGCACCCUGCAACAUUUGACACAAUAGCGAUGGAAGCAGAGAAAAAGCAGGAGAUUAUAGAUGAUUUGCUGACCUUCACUAGCAGUAAGGAUUUUUAUGCUCGAAUUGGGAAGGCCUGGAAACGUGGGUAUCUACUAUUUGGUCCGCCAGGGACAGGGAAAUCAACUAUGAUUGCUGCAAUAGCCAAUCUACUAAACUAUGAUAUCUAUGACUUGGAACUCACAGCAGUAAAGAACAACACAGAGCUUCGGAAGCUUUUGAUUGAGACUACAAGUAAAUCCAUAAUUGUGAUUGAGGACAUUGACUGCUCACUCGAUCUUACGGGGCAGAGGAAGAAGAAAGAAAAGAAGUCUGAGGACGAUGAGAAAGAAAAACCCCCCAAGGAAUCUUCCAACAAAGAAGAUGAUACCAGCAGCAAAGUCACUCUCUCUGGAUUGUUGAACUUCAUCGAUGGAAUAUGGUCAGCCUGUGGAGGGGAAAGACUAAUCAUUUUCACAACCAAUUAUGUGGAGAAGCUUGAUCCAGCCCUCAUCAGAACUGGUCGGAUGGACAAACAUAUUGAGCUUUCUUAUUGCAGUUUUGAGUCAUUCCUAGUGCUGGCAAAAAAUUACCUGAAUCUUGAAACUCAUCCGCUAUUUGAUCAAAUCAAAGAACUGAUGGAAGAUGUCAAAAUCACACCUGCUGACGUUGCAGAGAACCUCAUGCCCAAGUCUCCAAAAGAUGACAUUGAGAAACGUCUUCUCAAAUUGAUUCAAACUCUACAAGGGGCAAAGGAAGCAGCGAUCAUUAAGGAAUCUCAAGAAGUAAGUACAGCGGGAUCAACCAUAACUGAUCUACAGUUACAAACUGAAGGCUCAUCUUCAAGUUGAAUUUAGCACUUUCUGCCUAGUGCUCCUAUCUAACAAUGUUAUGGAAUUCUCUUAGUUAAUAAAAUGCCCAAGUUAUUAGCUUAAUAAUUCUUACCU